CUUAAUCCAGAUGGGAAAAUACCUGUCUCACUGACUGAAGAUGAUUGACAGCUGUCUGUUUUGUUGAGAUUUGGAAGAUAUAAUAAAAACCGAAUUAUUUUUCAGUCUUCCAGGAAACUUUCUCCUCUUCCUCCUCUCCUUGCUUUCUAUACCUUUCAACAGGAAAGCAUUAAAAGAAAAAAAGUAUUCAACAAAAUCAAGCCUUUGUCGGUGCUUUUAUCUGCUCAGAGAUUCUCUUGAAAAUAAUUGUCUGAUGAAGAGGAAGGAAAGGAAACGAGCUUCUUGAACUUUUUAAAUCAUUCAGUGUCUGCUAUCGGAAGAAUGAAAUUUGGGGUUAUUUUUUGAGUUGUAUAUUCCUACUUUUUGUGCGUGUGUGUGUCGAGUGCCUUUUUUCCCUUUAGGGCAGGAGUCGCCUCACAGUUUCUAGGUUCCUGUGUGAUCAUUAGUACAGAUGUACAUUUGUAGUAGGAAUCUAGGAACAUUUUAGAGCAUUAGAUUUGCACAGACUAGGCAGUACUUCUUUUCUGUUUGGGGUAGAUGACAGCACCUGGGAAGAACCACCUGUCUGUUCUCUCCAUGGACUUACCUGGCUGUCACAUUUCUCCUGGGAUUUAUAGUAUUUGAAGAUUCAUUUUGAUGCUCUUUAUGAAUAAUUAGUGUUUUUCCCCCUUUUAAGGUGCUUUAAGAUCUUGGCGCCUGUUCCAGUCUGAGACACCAUAGUAAGAACGAAAGGGCAAUGUCAUGGCCAACAGUUCUUAGUUGCUAGAGAAGUUAGGCCAUUUAAUUAUGAGGUCAAUUAAUUUUUAUUCUUAGUUCAAAAUGAUAAAUUUUUUCACUGACUUUUAAGUAUCAGCUGUGAUAGUAUAGAUUGCUCUUUCCUGUGGAAAUGAAAUAUAUUUUCAGAGUUUUUUUUUCUUUUUAUAAAGAAUGUCUUGUUGCGCCGUUUUGCUAGACUGAACAUUUCCUCGUCGCGUAGUGAGCGCUUCCUCUAAUUCAACCUUUGUCUUUUGUCUUUGCUGCCUUGCAGGGCUGGUACAGUAGGCUUCACUAGACUUAGCUGCAACUCAGAAUUCUCCUCCCGCACCUGGGCAAAUGCUGACGGUCUGUGCGAGUGGAUUAAGAGUACGAGCUAAGUUCUCAAUCCCAAUUAAGAAGCGGAGGAAAAUUUAAACGGUCUCCUUCCGAGUUUAUCACUCCACCACCAUCAAGACAGCAAACCAAAGGACAAAGACUGCCUGCUCUGUGGCUCUGUAGUCCCGCUCCGUACGGCUUACAGCCCUGGCUGGGUUACUAGUGCGUAAAUAACAAGUCGGACACUUCCGUUGUUGGACACCGUUAUUCACAAAGUGACCAACAUGCGGGCUGUGCUGGAGACGGCAGACAUUGCCGUAGUGGCCCUCUACUUUGUCCUGGUCCUGUGCAUUGGCUUCUUUGCCAUGUGGAAGUCUAAUAGGAGCACCGUGAGCGGAUACUUCCUGGCCGGGCGCUCUAUGACCUGGGUAGCGAUUGGGGCCUCUCUGUUUGUGAGCAACAUUGGGAGUGAGCACUUCAUUGGGCUGGCGGGAUCUGGAGCGGCGAGUGGAUUUGCCGUCGGUGCGUGGGAGUUCAAUGCCUUACUGCUGCUGCAGCUUCUGGGCUGGGUUUUCGUCCCGAUUUACAUCCGGUCGGGGGUGUACACCAUGCCUGAGUACUUGUCCAAGCGCUUUGGUGGCCAUAGGAUUCAGGUCUAUUUUGCAGCCUUGUCUCUGAUUCUCUAUAUCUUCACCAAGCUCUCGGUGGAUCUGUAUUCAGGCGCCCUCUUUAUCCAGGAAUCUUUGGGUUGGAACCUGUAUGUGUCUGUCAUCCUGCUCAUUGGCAUGACUGCCUUGCUGACUGUCACCGGAGGCCUUGUUGCGGUGAUCUACACAGACACUCUCCAGGCGCUGCUCAUGAUCGUUGGGGCCCUCACACUUAUGGUUUUUAGUAUGAUGGAGGUUGGCGGGUUUGAGGAAGUUAAGAGAAGGUACAUGUUGGCCUCACCCAAUGUCACUUCCAUCUUGUUGACAUACAACCUGUCCAACACCAAUUCUUGUAAAGUCCACCCUAAGAAAAAUGCACUGAAAAUGUUGCGGAGUGCGACAGAUGAAGAUGUGCCUUGGCCUGGAUUCCUUCUCGGGCAGACCCCAGCCUCCGUGUGGUACUGGUGCGCCGACCAGGUCAUCGUGCAGAGGGUACUGGCAGCUAAAAACAUUUCGCACGCCAAAGGCUCCACUCUGAUGGCUGGCUUCUUGAAGCUUCUGCCCAUGUUCAUCAUUGUGGUCCCAGGCAUGAUCUCCAGGAUCCUGUUUGCGGAUGACAUAGCUUGCAUCAACCCGGAGCACUGCAUGCAGGUGUGCGGCAGCAGGGCCGGGUGCUCGAACAUCGCGUACCCGCGCCUGGUCAUGAGGCUGGUCCCCGUGGGCCUCCGGGGCCUGAUGAUGGCGGUGAUGAUCGCGGCUCUGAUGAGUGACUUGGACUCGAUCUUUAACAGCGCCAGCACCAUCUUCACCCUGGACGUGUACAAACUCAUCCGCAAGAACGCCAGCUCCCGGGAGCUCAUGAUCGUGGGGAGGGUAUUUGUGGCUUUCAUGGUGGUGAUCAGCAUCGCGUGGGUGCCAAUCAUCGUGGAGAUGCAAGGAGGCCAGAUGUACCUUUACAUUCAGGAGGUGGCAGAUUACCUGACGCCCCCCGUGGCGGCCCUGUUCCUUCUGGCAAUUUUCUGGAAGCGCUGCAAUGAGCAAGGGGCUUUCUAUGGUGGAGUGGCUGGCUUUGUUCUCGGAGCAGUGCGCUUAAUACUAGCCUUCACCUACCGGGUCCCGGAAUGUGACCAGCCCGAUAACAGGCCUGGCUUCAUCAAAGACAUUCAUUACAUGUACGUGGCCACCGCGUUGUUUUGGGUCACUGGACUCAUUACUGUAAUUGUCAGCCUUCUCACGGCACCCCCCACGAAGGAGCAAAUUCGUACCACCACCUUUUGGUCUAAGAAGAGCGUGGUGGUGGAGGAGAGCUGCUCCUCGAAAGACGAACCAUACAAAAUGCAGGAGAAGAGCAUCCUGCGAUGCAGUGAGAACAGUGAGCCCAUCAACCACAUCAUUCCCAAUGGGAAGUCUGAAGACAGCAUUAAGGGCCUUCAGCCUGAAGAUGUUAAUCUCUUGGGGACCUGCAGGGAGGAGGGCAACCCCGCAGCUUCCUUAGGUCAUUCAGAGGCAGAAACACCAGUAGACGCUUAUUCCAAUGGGCAGGCAGCACUCAUGGGUGAAAAAGAGAGAAAGAAAGAAGCAGAGGAUGGAGGCCGCUGCUGCAAGUUAAUAGAUUGGUUCUGUGGCUUUAAAAGUAAGAGCCUCAGCAAGAGGAGUCUCAGAGACCUGAUGGAGGAGGAGGCGGUCUGCUUACAGAUGCUGGAAGAGCCUCCACAUAUUAAACUAAUACUAGAUAUUGGACUUUUUGCUGUGUGUUCACUUGGAAUUUUCAUGUUUGUUUAUUUUUCCUUAUGAACUUUUAAGGAUAUGGUGAGACAGUAACUUAAGAAAAUACUGGUCUUUGGAAAAAAAACUUACAUAACUGUUGCAUCUUUCAGGCAUUGUUUACGCUGUAGGUUUUAGCCAAAUUUUACUCAGCAGAACAUCAUCUAUUUGCAAGACUUUAUUUUCCCAGAGACGGAUGAAAGUAAACUUUCAACCUAAAUGAAGCAAAGCUUGUUUAAUAGACUGAAUUGUGCAAAUAUGGUUUAAAAUUUUUCAUACCAAAGUAAGACCAAUUAUUCUCACAGAACACGUAGAGCAGAUAUAAGCCGUCACGAGAAAGUGAACUGUCUGCACUGCCAGGUCCUGGUAGAUUUUAGCCUGAAGUAGAAGACUUGCUCAUUUCAGAGUUUUUUCCUGUCUCUGUAAUCCCUCCUACCAUUUAAAAAAAUUUUUGCACUUGUAGAGAUUGUAUAAUCAAUUCUGUACUGAAAAUCUAACUUAUGUGCUAGUGAGGUACUUGUUCCAGGACAAGUUAGUUAGUUGCCGGGUUCAUUUGGUUAGCAUGAGCCUGUGGAUUCUGAUUGCCAAAAGAAAGGAAGAACAUCUUUCUGUAGCUAUUCUUGUACCACCACUAUAUGCAGUGUUGGGGGAAAGUUUGUUCAGUUCCUUUUUUCCCCACUUUGAAUUUUAGUGAACCAUACUCAAAUGACCACCAAGUCUGUCUUUAUAAAGUUAUAUGCCAUUAUUGUAUUUUUAAGUGGUUAUGGGGGGGAAGAUGAAGUAAACUUUGCUGAUGACCUCCACAUUCAUUGGCCAAAUUAAGGUUGUUCAUAUUGUUUGGGAGUUUUGCAGCCCCUAAGCAGUGUCGGACCAGCUCCCGCUGAGCAGGUGAUUGCUUGUACUCCACUAACUCCCCAGGCACGUGCUUGGCAUUUGGUGACGCUCUUGCGUAGCCAGAUGCCUUCCCAAGUAGAUCCAGUUGGAAGAUAUGUUCAGAAAUUGAAGAAAAAUUGACACUGCCUUAGUGCUGGGUUGCCCUGCUUGAUCAGAUCAUGAUAUAUGGAGGUUGUUUAGGCUUUAGAGGGAAAAUUUAAUUCUGAGAUUAUAUUUAUUCUUGAUCAGUGUUUUUCUUGAUACACCUUUUCAAAAGACUUACCAUCUGUACCCGGCCUAUACAUUUUUGCUUAAAAAGUUAAGUGAUUUAGAGCAUGAAGAUGUUUGAAUGCAGACUGGCCAUGAGUAACGGGACACUCAGUGCAUGUUUUGCUGUGGGUAGAUUGUCAGUAUCGUCCUUACAGAAUGGACAGCAUGUGUGAGAGGUGCUGUGAGCAGGAGCUCCUGGUUUGGUAGCGUGCCUCCCGGAGGGUCACAGGACCUGUGUGAUCAUAAGACCCUUUAUCUUGACAUGGCUUGGUUCACAGUUGCAACCUCCAUAGAUGGGAUUCGGCGUUCACGGGCUGAUGCCCCCUCACGAGGGCAAGGUGCACAGAAGGUGGUAGAGGGAAGCUCCGCAGAUUCUGGAGUUUGGUGUCUGUGCAGCACCAUCCCCUCCCAAACUCCACAAUAGAUGAAGGGCACUGCCUGUGUAUCUACUUUCUUUGACUUUUCUGUACUCUGAUACUUUUUAAAUCGCAUGAUUUUAUUAAGCUUAUAUUUAGGCAAAAUUAUUACUUUUUUAGGUACUUUUGUAGGUUUUGAAUCAAAACUCAGUCCUAAUGACAUUAACUAUUUUGUAUUCUAUAAACCAGUUUCAUUAAUGAUGGACUUGAUUAGUCCAAAGUUGAUUUAGAAAUGAUCGGGGAGCUUCAUGUCUUCCCACCACCAGGAGGCUUUCUGAUGGACUGAGGCUGUAGCCGAGAAAACACUUUUUAUGUGAAUAGCAUGGUUGUUGAGAGCUUACAGUGCCUUGUAGAAUUUUUUCUCAAUUUCACUCUUAAGGUUUAUAAGUUGGGGGCCAAAUAAAUAGGGACCAUCCUUUUCUUGUCUGGAGGCUGAGGCUGUCACACGUCCAAGGUUAUUACAAACUCCACUGGGAAGAGCAGACAACCAGGUGUCCACUCUGGACUCAUGGUUCAUGGUUCGUCCUUUUCUCAAAGAAUGUUCCUCCUCUGAGAUAACCUUCCGCAUUUGGGAAAUAGCAGACUCUCCGAUUUUUCAAAAUGCCAUUCAGUUGGAGGAAUUAGCAUUUUCUUUGAUGACAUUGCUGGUCACUCAGCAAUGAGGAUCGCCAUACUGGCUGGGCAGCCUUCUUACCCUUUGUACUUACAGCACAAAUGAGUAGGUGGUGUUUAUGUAGACUCCCCCUUUAUUUUAUGUUGUGUCCUCACUUUUGGAGUAUUAGGGUCCCCCUGCCUUCUCUGCUGUUGUCUUAGUAUAAUAGUGAAAUGCAUCAUCUUGUGUCUGUUCGUGUGUGUAUAUAGCAAUAGGUCAAGUUUAGAGGACUAAAGCCUGUAAAUAAGGAAUGACUAUUAGCAUAUCCAUUAGGUUGUUUAUUCUUUGCCGUGUAAACAUCACUUUGUUUAGACUGAAGUCCCUGAAGCUUGUCCUUGUUGCUUCCCAGCAAUAGAUAACGUGCUUGAAAGCAUGUGGAUUGCUGAGGGCAGCUUCAUUUCAGGGGUUCAUUUUUCAGUCUAAGGUCAUUAGAAUGAUUGUUCAUGGAAUGAUACGUGGUCUGUCUUAAGCUAGCAAAAAUGUUCAUUCUUCACACUAAUGAAAUGAGUCCUAAAUGGUAUUGAUCUCUCUAUAUAGACAUGUAUAUAUUUUUAUAUUGGUUCAGCUGGUUCAGAAUUGACCAAGAGGAAUAGUGACUAAAAUAGCUGAGAGUCAAAAUGAGGUGAGGACACUGGUCUUCACAGGGGAGAAGAUCCAGUCUGACCUGCGGUGAAUGGUAGCCCCAGUCCUUAGAUUGGUCCUUCAGGCCUCUUCCUCUCAAGGUCUGAUGAGAGAGCGUAUCACUCUGGUUUGCAGAAUAAUUCGUGGCUCUGUUGUGGGCCCUCUGAUUCCUCUGUUCAUCUGUCCUGCCACCCAAGGGAGCCAGCAGCUUUUGAAACACCUGAGCCUGUUUCCUGGCUCUUCUUUCCUGUGAGGUUGUCCCGCCGUCUCUAAGUUAGAGAGGCACCCAGCGGAGCAGCGGGCUGUGUCCUGGGCCAGAUCCCGCAGAUCCGACUUCCCAGCACUUCCUGUUCACUGGCUGUGAGAGGGUCACAGUAGCCAUAGCUUUUAGAGAUGGCACCUCCCGUAAUGAGCAGGGACCCACCACUUUGUGAAAUCCACAUUUUGAGGAUGAGUGGAAAGGUUAACAGCGCUCUAACCCGAGGCUGAGUGGGGAGGGGAAGCUGAGUGUGUCCUGGGCUGUGGGUGUCAAGUCUGCGCUGUUCUCAGGCACUCCAGUGCCCUUUCCCUAUUCUGGGCGUGGGGAAUCUUACACCCCCCCCCCCCCAAUAACAUUUAAUGUAGGUGAUGGGUUAGUGGCAUUCUUUACCACCCUAUAGAGUGGCCAUAUUACCAGCCAUUGGAAGAUCGGGCCAUCAGUGUUCCCACUGGGCGUGUCCGCUCACUGCUUUCCUUGUCCUUCACUCCUCUGUGCGUUUCCAUCUGAGAUGCGGCGACGGGAACGGACCACCUGGGCGCCAGGCAGUGGCGUCUCCCCAUGCCCAGGCUGGGGUUGAGGGGUAUAUGCAGACCCUUCCUGUUACGUCAUGUGGCUACAGAGACUUGCAGGACAGGCUUCCCGAGGAACAGGAACACUAUUUAGUGUGAUGCGGAGAAGUUCCUGGGAGAUACAGCGUUAACAAGUCGGUAAAGGACAAACGUGAGCUUAAAAGAGUGUAGAAUCACAUUCCUUGAAUUCUCAGCAUCUUGACUCUCAGCUAGUUUAAACCCCUCCCCAUAUAGGUUAGGGUAUCAGUGAAUAAGGUGCAGCCUGUUAAACCCUGGUUUGAUGUUUGAUAUUGUAAAGUAGGAGUUUAUGAACAUAUUUGAGAUUAAAAUGACUAAUAUUUGAAUGGUUUUAGGCUUCAGUAUUCAUAAGGUUUCUUAUUAGCCGAAUGUUAAAUGCUUCAUUUCAAUGUUGAAGACUUGACUAGUGAGGGUGUGUGUGUCUGUGAGAAUAGCCCCCUGUCAUCCAGAGAGACUGUCUUCUCCCCGAGUCUCUCCCUUCAGAUGCUUUCAUUCUUCCCUGGGCUCGGCCUGUUGUCCUCUUAGCUCAUUUCCAGGCUGAUUGCUAUGGUGUUAAAGCGCUGCUCUUGCACCAGUGUGAAGACCUGUAUCCAAAUAAUGAUCCAUUAACUAUAGAUGUGUCUAAAAACUACCACAUUUCUAUUAGCUUCAACUGUUAAUUCUCAAGAAUGAUUUUCUCAGAGUGUGUGUUCACUAAUAAGAAAAGCCCUAAUUCAGUAUUUUAUUCUCAAAACUUCUUUUUUAAAAAUUAGGGAGACAGCAGUAAUUACAUUCAUGAGACCUUUUGAAAAGACUGUGCCACAGUGCAGAGUGGAAUGGUGUUUUGAUGUCAGAAAGCCUUGUUACACUAAUUAAGGUAAAAAGUUGGAGUAGUCAGUUGGCAUCUAGAGAAACCCCUUUGUGCUAGUUAGGUAUGAAGUUGGACUACACGAGAAGUAAUCUUGGUUCCUACACUUGGUUAGGCUUGGUUGACUCAACCCCUUUUCCUCCAUUAAAGUCCCGUCUCUUCAUCGGCUUGCUGUUGGUCUGACUCUGCUACCUUUACUCCUAGAACAGCAUUUAGCUACGGCCCCAAAUAACUAACAGGCGUGGCCAGUGCUGUGCCCAGACUCGGUUCACUUACUCCUCGUGUACAUGUUUUUAUUUAAGCUUCUCCCUCCACAGCAGGGAACAAGGCUUUCCACUGCUCAUUGACUUCGAAAGGCAUGUUGUGUCAUCUGUGUUUUUGUUUCCAUCUCAAGUCCUUUGUGAAGGAUAGAUUGAGUUUUCUGUUUGGGGUUAGACAUUCCAUUUAUGUGGUAACUGACAGCCCUAACCAUUGGCAUGUAGUCUUUGAUUCAGAAGUAAACUGUGGUGUAUCUGUAUCAUUACUCAUGUCACGCACAUGACUUUCUAAGAAGCUGUUGACUUAACCCAUGAGCCUCACUCUAAGGACUUUUGCAGUUUGUUGUGGUUACCGGGAUGUACGGCGUGUUUGAAGGAAGAUGCUGGAGUAAAUAAUGCAACUGAAGAGCAAGUCAAGGCAAAGCCCCAUGGCCUCAGCUUCCUCUAGUGGAGUGGCGGUGGCUUUGCUCUCCUCAGAAAAGCGCUGUAACUGUUGCCGUGACCCCCCCCCCCCCCCGCCCCCAGUUCAAGACAUUUUGCAGUCCGAGAACUCUGUAAAUAAGGGAAAUACAUAUUUCAGUGGCUUUGGCAAUAGCACAAGUUGACAGUAGAUAACCACAGCCCUAUUGGAGACUUACUGUCUCGGUGAGUUCACCUUGUUGCCCUCGUGCUGUGGAGAAAGGAAUGCUUCCUUUUUGUGAAUGGCCUCUGGGCUAACUAGUCUGGGUAAUUGUUCAGUAUCAUGUAGCCUAGACUUCUUUAAGUGGGAUGUUUUUAAUAAUUCACUUUUUUGUUACAAUAGUGGGAAAUAAAUUAAACUCAUUGCUGUUACUGGAAUCCCAAGUUGUCAGAGGCCAGUCUAUAGAGCGUCUGGAAUCGAAUCCGCUUCUGAGCUUGGUGUUGUGACUAGUGCCUGUGCUGCCAGUGCUGACUGCCAGUUUGCACCUUUCCUUUUCCUGAUUGAAAUGGGUUAGUUUCUCUUUUUAAAUUUUGUUACAGCUUUAGUGAGGGAAGUAAAAAAAAAAAGUACAUUUAUAUUUACGUACCUUAUAUGCAGCCUUUAUUUAGGUUCAAGGAAACCAGGUAGCUCCAAUUGGUGUUGCAGCUUAAAUGUUAUUUAUUGCACAUGUUUAUUUCCUUAGUUAAAAAGUAAGGUUCUUAUAUUAAUUUUGUGAGUAUAUCUUAACUUUAUCAUUAUCCAGUGUAGGUUUGAUAGAUGUAUCUGAGAACCUGUAUGUGACAGCAAUUCACAUUCCAUGAUAGGGAAAAGGGCAGAGGCCCAUAGAAAGCACAAAAUCCUGUCCACACGUGUGUCUCCUCAUGUAGAAAGCACAAGAGUAACGGUACUCAGUAUCCCACAAGUGCCAGCCAUAGAACCCGCCAGGGUUUGGGUUAGGAUGGGACCACAGUAUUGAAAGCCCUCGACAAUGACGUAUGGCUUCCAAAGGAUAGCAGUUCAGUGUGAUCAUCUGAGGAAGUUUGUAUUUUGGUGGAGGGAGAGCAUACAAAUGUCAGUAAUGCUACAGUUUUAUUUGAGGAUCACCAGCUACAGUGGGGUCUGUGGGCUCUUUCCCACAAUCUGGAAGCAAAGAAGCAAGGACAGACUUGGUUUUUGGUGGGUGGAACGGCUUGACAAACUUGUGCUGUAGAGCUAUUGGAGGUUGGAUGGUUUAUUUGUUUUAAUCUUAAAGCUUAAGGAUAUUUAAUCUCCCAUGAAUACUGCCCUGAAGAUGUGGAGAAAUUCCUUAUUUUAACAGGGCAACUCCCACUUGCCUUUCAUCUUUCUGUAGGUUUGUGUGGAAGGGGUGACGUUACCUGGACUUUCGCUCUGCUUGAUGGCACUUCAUGUUAAUAGAGCAGAAUUUCACCCAGGUGUUCUAGCACCAAGCUAAUUCUGAGAGCUCCCAGAUGAGCUCCUUGCUUUUCACAGUGGCUGUGAGGAUCUGCAGGGUUCUUUUGCCUGUCCCAUUCCCUGCUUCAAGACCAGAUGAGAUGCAGUCAGUGAAUGAGUGAGCAAAAGAAGAACACGCUGUGUUUGGUUCUGCUUGGCAUUGUCCUUACCUUACCCUGACUUUCUCCACCUGAAUAGUUCCUGUUUAUCAAGAAUGAAUAAGGAGCCCUGCUGGCGUGGCUCAGUGGUUGAGGGUCGACCUAUGAACCAGGAGGUCACGGUUCGAUUCCCAGGGAAGGGCACAUGCCUGGGUUUUGGGCUCCAGCCCCAGUGUAGGGUGUGCAGGAGGCAGCCGAUCCAUGAUUCUCUCAUCAUUGUUUCUCUCUCUCUCUUUCUCUCUCGCCCUCUCUCCCUCUUUAUCUCUGAAGUCAAUAAAAAUACUUUUUGAAAAAAGAAUGAACAAGGAUAUCUUUGUCUUGGAUUUUGCCUAUUGUCAAAAGAUAAAACUCAGACUGGGGAGAAGUAACUACCAUUGCUCCCACUCUGUUUUGUAUGUUUGUCUUGGUGAACUCUGAUACCCUGGAGUGGGAUUGAAGCUGGGUACACUAAUGUGACGGGUGCCAGGAGGGUUCACCUGACACCUGGAGGGAGAGAUUCUCUUCCCGCAGGAAGUAGCGGGCGUCCCUCCACUUUAUCUGGAAGGUAAAGCCUCAGGCUUCGGGCUGAGAGGGGAGCGCCAGAGAGGCAGGACAGAGGACAGGUCUGAGGAGCACCUUGGCCGGCAGCCGGUGGUCAGGCAAGGCAGCUAGGCCCUGGCUGUCUCUUGUAUGUGCUCUGCACGUUACAUGUUGCUUCUAAACGCAGGUGUGUGUGAGAACUUAAUGCUGUGCAAGAUUCUUUUGUCAGAAUAUCUUUUGUUUAUAAUUCCAUGAAGAUUGCUUUAAUUAGUCUAGGUGAAGGAGGCCUCGCUGUGUAAAUAUGUAUAAUAGAAACUCCUGAUUUCACUGUGAGAUCUCUAACUUUUGAGUGGCAAACAGAUCAACAAGUCUUUUGCUCAUGGAUUUUUCUGUGGGGUUAUUACAAUACAAAAGCUUUAUUUUUUUUAAUAAUGACAUGUUACGUUAGAUGAUGGUAUGGAAUCGUUCCCUGCUUCCCCACCAGUACUGCUUCCGUGUGUGGAUUGCCAACAGAGUUCAGAAAUAGAGCGGGAUUUGCCAUUCUUUGCUUGGACAUCCUGUUUUCUGUUGCCCAGACACAGGUUGGCAAUCACAUGAACCGUGUUGGCUUCUCAGUGCUUUUUGUUUGUUUGAUGAGGUGGAUUUCAAACACAGUUGCUGUGCAAAGGUCAGUAGUCUUCUUCAAGAAGAAACCAACUCCUGUUUAGUGUCCAGUGAGAUGCUUCCUCCAUUUCUUCACUCUCAAGCCAGUGUCAGCGGAGCACUGCUGCUUUGUCUAAUGACUUGGAUAUGUAAGUAUUAACGCGUUUUUAGAAGACGUCCACAUUGAAAAUGUCUUCCCAGUGUCCUGCCUUUAUGCUUCCUUCAGACUCCUGUUGAGAGACCCGCCUGCGCACUGGGGGGUGUAGUGUGUAUUGUGUACAUGUAUCAACUCAUCACUUAUUCAUUGUAGACCAAAUGGAAUCAUAAAUGAAUGUGCUGAAUUAUUGGUGAGUUUUUUGAAUUGUAAAUAGAUUUCCAGUGUACCCUUCAUUGUCUACAGCUUUUGUUUUUUUAAAGGUAUAUAACUAGUUGGGUCCAUCUCAUACAAUGUUUUAGUUACAAGCAGAAAGUAGAAUUUGAUUAAACCAGGUUAUUUACAUAUUGAAAGGAAUACAACUGAGAUUGUAGAUUUAGGAUUGUUAACCAUACAUGACAGUUCUAGCUUGACUAUUUUAGCCUACUGUAUACAAUCUGAUUUAUAAAAUUGUAGACAUGUAUGAUCUUGGUUUCAUGUGUUUUUAAAAGUGUUAUUGUUUAAAAAAAAAAAAAAAAAAGCAGAUCUGCUAAAGAGCUGUCAGUUCUCAUCCCUGACUCUGUAGAAUACACUGUUCUCUGUGUACUGUGUGUCAUUUUGCCAGCUGCUGCGUUCGCCUUCAAAAGUAUUUGGAAACUUAAGAUGAACUACAUUCCUUGCAAAGUAUAUUCCUUUCUGUGGUAUUUUUGUCCUGUAACUGAAGUAUAGUAAUUAUUUUAUGGAAAUGUUAGCACUUAUGUACCAACUUUGAAUAAAAUGAAAAAUUGACA